AUGUCUUAAGAUUAAGCUUAUGAUUAAGGAUUAUCAGGAUAAUCCUCACAAUCACCUUCUCAUUAAUAGAAUUAGAAAAGAAUGAAUUAAUUUUCUAUUGAUUUUUUUAUUGAAAAGAGAUUUAUCACUUAAGAUGAUUUGAAACCAAUUUUGGAAGAAGUUAGAGUAAACAAUUCAACUAUAAUAUAUUAGUCAUAAUAUAAUGUUGAAUCAAUCAAAUUGAAUCCUUAGAAUCAAAUUCCAGCUUUGGAAGGAACAGCAUUUUCUAUAAUUGAUCAUGAUGAAAAUAAAUUAAAUGCAAGAUGUGAUGCAGUCAAUAAAAUUCUUUAAAUAAUAGAACAAAGAAGUAAACAAAUCCUAGAAGUAAUUAUGUUGAUCCCAGAAGGUAAUAACAAUAAAUAACCUAGGGACUGUCUCAUAUGUAAUUGGAACUUAGGGAAAAUAAAUAGAAAACAUUAAAUUAGAGACUAAAGCUCAUCUAGUAAUUAAUUAACCAAUCUAUGAAUUUUAAUUAAGAACAGUGACAAUUAUUGGUAAAUAUAAGUUCAAUAUUAAUAAUAGGUGAUUCUUCUCGUAUUUUUAAUGCUAUUAAAUUAAUCAUAAAAUAAUUGCAGGAAAGAGGAAUUUCAAAUGAAGAUUAUGCUAAAAAAGCUGAACCUUUAGAUCCAAGAAGAGUCAUUACAAAAGUAUUUUUAAUUAAUAUUAGAGGCCAAAUUUGCUUUUUUAACUAUGAUAAUAGAAUAUAUAUUAAAAAAUAGAGAAUUAGAGAAAAAGUAUUCUGUCAGAUUAAAGGGAAAAGCUAUUAAUGAUAUAAAAAUAAAAGUAUAAAAAUCAAAGGUUAUUUAGAAAAAUAAAUUAAAAAAAGAUGAAGGAAUAUUAUAAAUUGAUGGAACAUUAUUUAAUGUUUAAGAAGCAAUUUAAAAUAUAAUAAAGAAAGUGACUUAGUAAUUCAAGAAGAAUGAAUUUGAUAUAAGAAUAGUUAUGCCUUCCAAUUUUGCAUCUAAAUUAAUUGGAGCAAGUAAAUAAUCAAUUUAUAAUAUAAAAUAGAAGGAUGUUAGAUUAAAGAAUUAGCCAAUAAAGCUAGAGGUGCUUAAAUAAAGGUGCUUUCAGAUAGGGAUGACACAGAUGUUGGUUAAGGUUAGAAUCCUAAAGAAUUUUAGAUUGUUUGGUAUAAGUGACAGGAUCAAUGGAAAAUAAAUAGGAAGCAACAAUUUUGAUAUUGGAAUAGAUUGAAUGUUUUAAAAAUGGAGGACCUGUAUAUAAAUAAUUAAUAAGAUCCUUGAAAGUGGAAAGUACAUAAAUGAAAACUUUGCAUAAUAAUACAAAAACUCAGUGCAGGUCUAAGAUAUGAAGCAAAAGAGGUUUGUGUGGAAUAAUUAAAUAGGUAGAAAAUAGUCAUCUUCCUCGCGUUCAGAUAGAAGACAGAGAUCAAGAUCAUCAAAUAAAAGAUAAAAAUAUAUUAGAAGAUCUAGAUCAUCUAGGUACUUAUAAAUUAUAACUAAGUUCCCAUAAACGCAAGUCAAAAUAAUAAUUACUUAAGACAAAAAUAGUUGUCAAGUAAUAGCUAAUUGAAAUGAUGCAUAAAUAAUUAAUUCGAUUUUGCUAGGAUUUUAAUGUGAAUAUUCAGACUUUCCCUUCUGUAUAUAUUAAAGUACAAUUAAAUAGGAUGAAGGAAACGAAACUAUUGUUAAGAUAAAUGGAGAUGUUAAAGGGAGUAUAGCAGUGAUAUAAUAUAUAUUAAGCGAGUAAUGUAAAUUAUACAAGAGAUGA